GCUUCGACUGCAGUACUGCUGAUAAGCCUGUUAGGCUGACGUAGCCAGUCUACAAAAUAUUUUCCAAAAUGGCCGACUAAUGGAAUUCGCUUAAUAACGAUCGAUAUGUGAAAAAAACAUGUACUCUUCAUGUAAAUGAUUUAUUUUCAAACGCCAUUUUAUAAUCUGGGAUGUUACAUAGGCGCCAGGUUGUGAAAGUGUUCUUUAAUUGAGAAAUGUUACGCGGAUAUUUACAUAAUUGUUUCAUAAAAAGAUGGAUGUGUGAACUUUAAGAAUAAACCAGAUAACAGGCGGAAUACGUUGGGGAACAUAAGGGACCAAAAUUAACAAGAACUACAAAUUCAUGCGUAUGAAUACUUGCGCGAAGAAUGGAGCUUGAACCCAGCAGCGCAGAACAUAGUCCGCCAUAUAGUGAUAAUAAUAGAUCAUGGUCCUGGAACCAGAUAACUGACGAAGUUAGCUCAUUUACAGACAGUAAUAAUGAGUUAUGUGGCCUUAUGGAAGACAAAGAGGUGGCGGCACGUGCUGUGGCGUUUGUGGUCAACAGUACUAGAAAAGGAAUUGUACCCCUCUGUGCUGAUGUUGCAAAUUUGAUGCGCACAAAACAAUGUCUUGAAAGAAAAUUGAGAAUUCUUCGGAGACAAAAUGAUGCUUUCCGGUCAUCUUGUAACGGGGGCUCGGUGCCAAGCCACUCCAUGAGCCCGACCCCUCCAUCGCUGAGUUCCUACACGGAGCAGUGUAUCAAAUCUUUACAGGAGCAGAGUCUUGCAAUACAGGAGCAUUUUAGGUCCAGUUCACGGUGUAGCAACAGUUCUAGUAGCUACAGUUACUCGCCGAAACUGGACAAGAAUAAAGUUGGACUGUACAAUUACUCGCCAAAAUUAGACAAACCCUGUGGCGGAUCUCUCCGUCCUAUUGGGGUGCAAUAUUCUCCGGCGAGUAGUACCGACAGUAAACAACAUGGCUCACCAAGGUUUGUUUCUGAUUUUGUGUCUGUAAAAUUGAAUGCAAAACUGGAAGAGGAUCUAACUGAAGCUAGAAAAGAAAUAGACCAACUGAAAAAGCGACUUAAACGCAUGGAGUCGUCUGGCGCAAUACCGAAGACGUACGAUCAGAACGAGGCUGAGAAAGUCAUAGAAGACAACGGGUAUUACACGGGCAGUAACAGGACAUCUAGAACCGGCUCUGAACACGAGCGUAUCAGCCUCUUCAAGAAGCCGCCAGCCAAACGUCAAGCAAUUACGUCAGUGUCUUACGUUGGUACGUUACCUAACUGUAAAUGUUCCACGUGCAUUGAUGCCCUCGGAAGUGAAGAUGAUCUGACCCAUUACUCGGACGUCUAUCUUGAUGAACCACAUAGAUAUGCUGUCAAUAGUAAACUUCAAGUUCAGUUAGAUGAUCACGUGACUACCAAAGGAGGAUACUCUGGUCAUAUCCGUUAUAUUGGUCACGUGGAUAAAAUUGACCAAUCACAUGCCUUGUUUGUCGGUAUAGAGUUGGAUACUGCAGCUGGAACAUCCGAUGGAAGCCAUGUUGGAAAACGUUACUUUUACUGCAGAAAGGACUACGGCAUGUUUAUCCCAUUGACAGACGUCAUAGGGAAAGUAAAUAAAAAGAGCCUGUUGAAAGCAACGAAGGAGGAAAUUCUAAAACUCAAAAAGAGUUCAAAACGAAUUAAAGAUGAGAAAAUUACACAUUUGUAAAACGACGAACCAUGCUGAAAUUAUAGCAUAACCUAACUCUUUUGUUUUUCAGACAUCACGCUUAAAAUAUUUCAGUGUGAAUUAUUUGCGUAUUUGGUUAUAUUCUAUUAAAUAUAUUAUGAUACUUUUGCAUGUAAAAUGUUACUGCAAGACACAGACCUUACAUUUCUUAUUAGAGGUAAUUAUAUUAGAGUUUUGUCACAGUAAAACGUGUUUGUGUUUGUGCUUAGAUUCACUAUUAUAUCUAUCUUAUUUUGUUCGGAAAAACCCCAAAAUCUAUGCCAUUUUAUUCUAAAAAUAGCAAAAUUACAGUUAAUACUGACUUGGUUAACUGUUUUAUUUAUGAAAAUCAUGCCGGAAACUGGUCAUAGGAACAUAUUUUAUUUGAUUUUCAUGAUGCAUUUUAACCGGAAGUCCGAAAUAAUGCAACGUAGGUACGCAAUCCGAAACAUGUAAUUACAAAAGGCUUUAUAUACAAUGUAUAUAAUGAUAUUAUAGUUCCGUUUUAUUAAAAUUUUACCAACUUAUGUUUCCGGAUAAAAAGUAAUGCAUAUUUGUUGUCAUACAAGAUGUAAGCCAUAUAAAGAUCAUUUAAAUAAUGUUCGAAAUUUAAAAUGUCUAGGAAAUUUUACUUUAUUUUACAAUUACCUAAAAUUUUGAUUGGACUGCUCUAGAUUCAAUUAAAGCAUGACAAACGCAUGACAAACGCAUUACACAAAUUCUGCAGGUUAAGGUUACAUCAGACGCUCGAUGAGGUGAACGGAUGUCCGUUUUCCCUCCAAAAUAAUAUGUUACAUAUUAAAGCAGCAUGCCUCCAGAUUCAUGCUCAUUUCAUGAAAAUUUUAAAAUUUAUUUAAAAGUAAAAUACUUUGAAGUGAACAAAGAAAGUAAUUUACACAUUGCCAAAAAAGAGGUCAAAAUAUACAUAAAUACCAUUUACUGGUUUUAGUAACAUUAGAAUUAUAGUGAUUGAUACUGCAAAAUCAGUCAUUAAUCGCUCAUGACAUGUAAAUAAUUAAUUAAAUAUUUAAUCUUUUUACUUUACUUAAGAUCUUAAUACAUUCUUCUAAAGAUUGAAUUUAUUGAAAUAUUUUGGCUCAUCUGGAGGCGUGCAGCUUUAAAGCAGAUCGGCUUUUGAUUGUAAUGAAUUGAUAUCUCAGUGCUGUAAUGUAAAUUUGUCAUAAAUUUCCGUUGCUAAAGAUUCUGCAACUACGAUAUUGCUUAACAGUGAACACGUGUUAAUUGUUUCCUUUUUCUCAUGACUACAGCACAGUUUGUAUGAAUCCACUGCAACAUUUAGCUCACCUGAUCGCAAGGUGGGCAAAUUUUUAUUAAAUUAUGUAGGAAUUAUCCUUUAUGAUGAAACUCAAUAGGAAUAAGCUAAUAACGAAAUCUUGUUCAUUUAAAACCCAUCUUCAGUUGAGCGAUUAAGUUCCACAAUGACUCUCUUGUUUUAUUUCUUUACCCGGGCCAUCAAAUAUUUUUUCCAAGUAACUAAGGUUGUUUCAGGACGCGAUACAUACGUUUAUUUUCGCUGAAUAUAUUUUAAUUAUAGACUUAAAGAAAAUAUUUCAAUCUGGACAAGACCAGUUUCAAAAUAUGUACUGAAUGAAUAGCGAACAGAUCAAACUACCCGGAUGUCCUGGUCACGUGGGUGAAAUAAGGCAAAGUGUUAUAAUAUACAAUGUAGUUUAUUUGUCAUUUUGUCUAUGUGAUUAUAUACAAUACUAUUUGUCAAAAUUACAUUUCUGUGAAAUAACAUUUACAAGUAUGGUUUCAAUUUUUGGAAAUUGAAAUAACAUUUACAUACACGCAUAUAUACAAAUGUUUAAACUAAUGAUACAGGUAAAGGCUUUUAUUACGAAGCUUUUUGAUAAGUGUAGUCUAUUUCUGCCUAUGUCUAUAUACACAAUCAUGUAUGAUGCGAUUUUUAAGUUACAGUUCAACCUUUGCAGAGCAACACCUUUUAAGAGGUACAGAUUUUAGUUGUUGAGGGAGGUCGCUAUAGAGAGGUUAAAUUCACAAUGGAUUCUGUUGUUGUAAAAUUAUCGUUCUAUAAGAGGGUCGCUCUGCAGAGGUUAUCCUAUUUAUACAUUUUUUAUGUGUUGGUUAUUUCGUCUAUUGCAAAUAAACAAAUACGUCUAAAAUAUAAUAAUUUCUUCUUGUUCGCUUAAUACUUUACUUAAUCUUUAAAAGACCCUAAAAUGUUCAUUAAAGUUGCUAAACUCUU